AAAAAAAGUAUGAAGAUCUCUUCUCAAACCCUACUAUUCGUGAUUCUAGCACUUGUCCUAGCUUUUGCAGUUCCUCUGAAAGCUCAAGAUAGGCCACAAGACUACCUCGAUGUGCACAACCGUGCUCGUGCCGCUGUUGGUGUGGCUCCGAUAAGAUGGCAUCCAGCUGUGGCGGAAUACGCUAGACAAUAUGCUCUGCGAAGGCGAGGAGACUGUCGUCUCACUCACUCAGACGGGCGUUACGGAGAAAACUUGGCAGGAAGCAGCCGUGAUCUGUCGGGAGCUGAAGCAGUGAGGUUGUGGGUCAAUGAGAGAGCAGACUACUUGUACCGUUCCAACACUUGUCGUUCCGGAAAAGCAUGUGGUCACUAUACUCAAGUUGUGUGGAGAAACUCGGUGUGGGUUGGAUGUGCCAAAGUCAGGUGUAACAGUGGUGGAACUUUCAUCAUUUGCAGCUAUGAUCCUCCUGGUAAUGUUAGGGGUCGUUGGCCUUACUAAGAAUAUAUAUAUGUACGCAGAUGAAUAAAACAUGUCCAUAGAGGACGUACGUGUGUGUUUUUUUUACUUUUCAAUAAAUGAUUACCAUCUACCAGGAUAUGGUGAUUCCUUGUGUUCGUGUGUUUAUGGUUUGUAUAAUACUUUGUGAUUGAAUAAUACAUUUAUAAA